AUGACAAGCUACAAAUCAACCCCUCUCUUCGGCGGCGCCAUUGUCUGCGACCUCCCCGAACACUUUGCCGACGUCUCCCGUCUGCGCCAAGUCCCCGACAACCAAGAGGUCUACAUCGACAAGGACGGCUUCACCUCCAUCAUCGUCGACAUCACGGAGCGCGUGGGACCCAGCGGCCCGACUUCGCUAGAAGAGGACGGGCGCGCGCUGACCACCCAUCUCGAAGAGCUGGUCGGGGACGACGUCGAUAGCGUCAAGGUGUGGAAUACCACCGAGACGCAGUUUACCAAGCUUGACUCCUCAAUCCCCGCCUACACCCUCAUCGCCACACAAACUCCCAAAUCAUCCGACUCCGACUCCUCCCGAAGGGGGCAAGCACCCGACUUCACGGCGCUCAUCCUCACGCUCGUCAGACUGGAGCGCGAAAAGACGGAUAUCCUGGUGACCAUCAACGUGCCGCACAUCAAGGGCGAGUACGACGAGGAGGAGGUAGAUCUGGCGCUGGGCAAGCAGGGCGCGCUUCUGGGUAGCGCCGUGGAGUAUGCGGCGAAGAUUUGGGAGAGUUUUGAGGUGAAGGAUUGGGGUUUGUUUAAGGAGGUUUAA